CCGGAGCGACUUCCGGGAACGCGCAGGCGGUCUUGAACGCCCCCCUGGUCCUCAUUGUGCAGCCGAGGAAACAUCGCAAGGUUGGUUUCGACGACGUCGGUAUGAAAUGGCAGAAACUGCGUGUGUCACGGAAGCACAAAGAUUAGGUUACGAAGGAGCUACACAUGUAUUUUGCGGUGAUCCCGGCCUGCUAGUGUGAGGGGAACGGGAGUGUAUCCGGAGGAAAAAAAGGGAUUAAAGUGCUGUUUUUCUCCAAAAAAAAUCCCCCCAACGUCCAGGUUGUGUUGUGUGUCCGGGCAGCGAGCGGCGACUGCGGGUCGACACUGCUGGAAUUAACCGGAGAGGGGUCUUGAGAGGAAAGCUCCACUUGGAUGCCCAGUCACAGUGUUUGUCCAAGGCUUCACCAUGAACCGAAACAAGAGGGAAAAAGAGUACUACAGUAUAGAUGUGGGCGAUUCAACUUUUAUGGUUUUAAAGCGCUACCAGAACCUCAGACCCAUCGGAUCCGGAGCACAGGGAAUUGUCUGUUCAGCGUAUGACCACAACUUGGAGAGGAACGUCGCCAUCAAGAAGCUGAGCCGGCCCUUUCAGAAUCAAACUCACGCAAAACGGGCCUACAGGGAACUGGUGCUCAUGAAAUGUGUCAACCACAAGAACAUAAUCGGCCUAUUAAAUGUAUUCACACCACAGAAGACACUGGAAGAGUUCCAAGAUGUGUAUCUUGUGAUGGAGCUGAUGGAUGCCAACCUCUGCCAGGUGAUUCAGAUGGAGCUGGACCACGAGAGGCUGUCCUACCUGCUCUACCAGAUGCUGUGUGGAAUCAAACACCUGCACGCUGCCGGCAUCAUACACAGGGACCUGAAGCCCAGUAAUAUCGUGGUGAAGUCUGACUGCACACUGAAGAUCCUGGACUUUGGCCUGGCCAGGACAGCCGCCACCGGCCUCCUCAUGACGCCCUACGUAGUUACCCGCUAUUACCGUGCCCCUGAGGUCAUCCUGGGCAUGGGCUACCAGGCCAACGUUGAUGUCUGGUCUGUUGGCUGCAUCAUGGCUGAAAUGGUCCGGGGUAGUGUGUUGUUUCCAGGCACUGAUCAUAUCGACCAGUGGAAUAAGGUGAUCGAGCAGUUGGGGACACCGUCUCAGGAGUUCCUGAUGAAGCUCAACCAGUCAGUGAGGACCUACGUGGAGAACCGACCACGGUACGCUGGCUACAGCUUCGAGAAGCUUUUCCCCGAUGUUCUGUUUCCUGCAGACUCUGAACACAACAAACUAAAAGCGAGCCAGGCCAGAGACCUGCUAUCCAAGAUGCUGGUAAUAGAUGCGUCAAAACGGAUCUCAGUGGACGAUGCUCUCCAGCACCCUUAUAUCAACGUGUGGUACGACCCGACUGAAGUGGAGGCGCCACCACCCGUGAUCACAGACAAGCAGCUGGAUGAGAGAGAGCACACAGUGGAGGAGUGGAAAGAGUUGAUAUACAAAGAAGUGUUGGACUGGGAGGAAAGGACAAAGAAUGGAGUCAUCAGGGGACAGCCGGCAUCCAUAGCACAGGUGCAACAGUGAGCAGCAACCCCCAGCAGCACCACCCCUCCACGUCCUCCUCCGCCUCCGCCAGCGACGUCUCCUCCAUGUCAACUGACCUGACCCUGACUGACACCGACAGCAGCCUGGAGACAGCCAGCGCUGCCGCCGCUGCUGCUGUCGCCGCCGCCGCCGCCGCCGCUGCCGCUGCUACAGCAACCGGCCCCCUGGGCUGCUGCAGAUGACUAUCAUCUACACCUCCUCCUGGUCCUGGUCCUGAUCCUGGACUGGGCCUCACCCCCAAGGUCACAUCCAAGACCACAAGCCCAACACUGGCUCCUGGCCCCGCCCCCUGCAUUUGCCUCCUCCCACCUCCUGUCUGUGCUUGUCUUCAGUAGUGUAGCGUUUGGCCAGCUAGCUGUUUGAGAAAUAUUUUGAUUUCUGAAAGGACAGAUCUUUUUUUAUUACAGUUCUAGUCUUUUUUUAAAAUUAGGAUUUCUUUUUUUGUUUGAGUCCUAGCUGUAAUUUAUUGUGGCAUUUCUUAAUUUUUCAGAAACCUAAGAUGAUGAUAAGAGAAUUUUUAUGAUUUCACUAUGUUCCGGUUUGUAUUAACCGACAGUGAGAAUUUAAAGAAAUAUCUGUAAAAUGUUUUAAUGUGAUCUAUUUUUCUGUUGAAAGUCAUUUGUUUCACUUGUAAGCUACUGCUUUUACAACUUGCCAUAUAAAUGUAGAUUGAGUUUGUACAGAUUUUAUGGUAGAUGUAGUUUUAUCUUCAAUACAAGUUUGCAGUGAGCCAUUGAAGCAUAAUUUAAUUGACAAAUGUAUGGUCUUAGUACUCCCCUAUCUAUUUUAUCUCACAUGAUAUGGAUAAUGUUUUAAAUGCAUAUGACAUAUCCAUUUAUAUGAACGGAGAUCAUCUAGAUUUUAUUUGUAAAAAGAUUUUUUUUUUUGAGUCACUACUACUUCCUGCAUUGUAAAAUUUCAGUUUAAUGAAAGCUUUAUAAUUUUCUCAUUCUUUACUUCCUCUUCAGUCAUGAUAUAAUUUCAAAAUUCUGAGAUUCUCACUCACCAAAUGAUUCAAUUUACCUUCUACAUUUAAGCUAUGGGAUUGAUAAUGGCAGAGUUAGGUCCCAUGAGAUAACUUUGAGCAUCUUGAUGACUGUCUUCUGUAUUUUUAAGUGCUUUAAAGUACCUCUUCCUCUUGUCUGCAUCAGGCUGUGUGACUUUAUGGAACUGGGCUGGUGGAAUUGCGUUGGUAAAGCCAGAGGACUUGCGCGUUCUCUGCUGUGACAGUGAGGUAUUGUUAACAGUUCAGGAUUUAGAAAUGUCUUUUUGUCGUGCUUUGGGAGGUUUUUUUUUUGAGACGUAGAGCUGUGUGAGGUUGUAAAAUGGGUGACGGUGUAAGUAGAAUGUGCUCCAGUCAAGUAGGGAAUUGUGAUAUUGAGAACGCAUGUGAACGUGUUGAUAUUUGGUGUCUUUGAGGAGGGAUAGAGGUUCUGAAGCCUGAUGGAACAGUGUGCAAAGAUGUCUACUUCCUACUACCAGAUCCUGUUAUUAGUAAUGUAACUAAUGUACUUCUGUGAAUUUGGAAAUUUGAAAGUGAUUUUCUAAAAGUUGGCCAAACACUUUGCAUACCAGACUUGCCUGCAAUUGUGAAUAAAACUAAAAGAACCUAAAACUUGGCAUGUUAAACAGCAGCACAAAUGGACAAAAAUAGAGUCAAAGAAAACAAAUUCUUACUGUAUGCAAUAAUGGUGCCCUUUUUGAGUGUUUUUGAUUUUGUUUUAAAAGGAAAAGUGCCUGUUGUUUGCCAUUCAUUCCUGAGUAUGUGGGAGGAAGUGUAUUCAUUCUGUGUAGGUUUUUAUGGCGUCUGGGUAACAACAGUAGUUUCCAUAUCAAACCGAUACUCGAUGAUGGGGUUGUAGUUCUCACAAAUGUAUUGUAUAUUUUUCUACUUGUUUUGAUUUUGACCCUUGAGGGAGCCUGUAGUGUCUUGCAGGGUAUGAAGGUGAUGAUGUAUACGCUGGGAUGCUUCAGCACGUGUUUGAGUCAUUUCAGAAGAAAAGGCAGUUUUAUCAAGGUCUUUCAUCAAAGUAAAAAGAAGUGUUUCUUUGCAGUGACAGCAACCGAAAUAUAGGUUAAUAACAGUUUUUUGGCUUUUCUUUGAGUACUAAUUUAAUGUGAUUAUUGUAAGAGAAGAAUGAACCUUACAGUUCAACUACUGGAUCAAACUAACAAAUGAAAUCUGCUACUGCAUUUUAGUCAGUAUUUAGUGGAUGGUUUCGGAGAAUGUUUACUAUGGGAAAAGGCAGAUCGAUGUUUUAGUUAUGAAUACAUUUCUAAGAGGCAGAGCCAAACAGCCACAGUGUUCCUGGUUAAUUAAUGUUGAGCUGGUCCAGCAACUGAGGACAUGGCUAAUAUUAUGUGACACUUAAUAUGUAUAAUGUAUAAUGAUACAACCAUAAGUUUUUCCAGUUUGAAAUAGCCAUGCUAGCUUAUAGUUAUCUUGGCAAGAUGAUUGAGAUGGUCUGAAUUUUGGCACCCAAAUCACAAAUAACACAUGGUCUUACAGAAUAAGUCACAGGAGUUGAUGCCAUUUAUAUUUUCUGUUGUAUUUUUUGUGGUUAGGGAAGAUUAUUUCUGCCUGCUAGAAAUGUUUGCAUAACUAAAGCUCCUAUCUGCAAAAGCAGAGUCUGGAUAUAUUGUACUCGUCAUGGAUCAUAAGCAGGUAUUGUGGAUGUUGACAGCAAAGGCAUAAACAUCACUGUGCUAGGAUUGUCUAAAUGUAUAAUACAGCACUGUCUAGAACCUGCCCUGGUCUUUGAUGUGGAUGUUUUUCUGGGAAGCUCAAAGCAAAGUUGUUAGGAAAGGUUGUCUUCAGACUGUAGCCUACGUUGUAGCUCUUUGCUGUGCUCUGUUUAGCCAAUUUGAUAUUGUCUACCAAUAAUAUGUCAAGGUUCUGGAUUGGGUUGCACCAGCUAUUUGUACAUCCUAUACUAAGUUUGUGUGUAAAGUAACUACAGGCUAUUUUCAAACAAGUGAAAUCAGGUUGCACCAUAAAAAACUAAGGGAUGUCUAAGCUAGUGCUGUCCAAUCAAAAGCUACUGUAGCCAGAUAGUCAUUGUAGCAUUUGUGCAGUCAUUUUUGGAGUCCAAAUGAUAUAUCAAACUUAACUAUAUUUACAGAAAAACUUAGUCAUUUUGUUUUAUUCACCUAUGCACAUAAAUAUGAGUUUAAAUAUGAGUUAGUAGCCAUACAGUUUACUAUAAGUAAGAAAUAUCUCAUUAUGCUAACCUAAUCAAUGUCAUUUGGUUAUAUCGUCAGGCUAACGUUAUUGGCAUAUAUUUUGUAAUUUGUAGAUUACGCUAUUUUUGAGGAAUGUAAUUUAAAAUCUUCUGAGUUUACAUCAUUAUUGCAGCAUUUUAUCAAGUGUCUAGUCAGAACAUCGACCAUAUCACCUUACCUCUUUUACCUUUCACUCUUAACUGGUAAUAUAUUAACUAGCUCAUGUUAGCUUUGUCAAUUAGCAACCCAGUUAAUAUAUUAGCAAGCUCAUGUUACCUUUGUGAGUUAGCUACGCAGUUAACAGUUGUUAUAUUAGCAAGCUAACGUUAGCUUCGCAAAACAGUUAACCUGGCAAUUAAUGAGUGUAAAUAUUCAGUAACAACUAAUCUAUUACAACUAGUUUGUGUGGUGCAACCCUUUUUGAUUAAGUGAUACACAAAUCUAAGUUUGAAUUCACGAACAGCUGGUGCCACUGGCUCCUGCUGUCUUUUCAGCCGCCAGAAUUUAAAAGGAAUGGUUUGGUAAUUGUUGAGCAUCAAGAGUGUGCUUGUAAGGUACAGUGGUAGCAACUACAGAGCCAGUUUAGUACAGCACAAAGCAAAAUUAAACCUGCAGCCAGUCAUAGUAGAUUCCAACAACAAAAAAUUAAGAUUAUCCAGUAGUAAAUGUGUAUUAGUAUUUUGACAAAGGGUAAAAACUAAGACUUCAGCAGUGCCACAUCUGUAAGAAGGCAGCAAUAGCAGGGAGAAAAUCCGUGACAUGUAUCCAUUUGUACUAUUAGCCCAUUUAUCAUAUUAGCAGAAAAAAAAUCAAUCAGAAAAAACACUUUGUUGUUUAAAGUGCUCUUAAUUUUCUUAGCCUAACAAUCGGGGCUUUAAUUGGAGUAUUUUGUGUUUUUUCUUCUUAGGUUGUUGUUGCUUUUUUUUAUUAUUACUGCAUCUCUCAAAACAAUGUCAUUCAAUGUCAUGUCAUGAUUUAAGUCGGCUUUGAUGAACUACCUCACGCUGAAUUUCUGCCAGUUCUUGCAUAUACUUGGUCGCCUGCAGAAUUAGCUAUCGAAGACGUGUGAAUAACAGAUUCCAUUAUUUAUUUAUUUGAAAGUGUACUAUUUGUCGGUUUCAACAGACUUCUAGUUUUGUACAUUAUGUAUACUUCACCUAGAAGUAAGAGAAUUGUUAUAUGUAUUUUUGUUCUUUUUUUUUUUUUUUUUUUUUUUUUUUUUUUGGUUUUGUUUUUGUUUUGUUUUUAAACUAAAUGUGCAAUACCUUCAGCAAACUGUGCUAGUAGUAUGUGAUGGGCCUAGCCUUUGUUAGCUGUCUCCUGAAGGUAAAGAAAAUGUUUGGUACUGUCAAUCCAUGUUUUCCUUUUUUUAUGAAUAAGAUCAAUUUUUAUUUCUGUGACUUGUUUAUAGUCAUAAUGUUGCGUAAUCAGUCUUACCCACCAAACAAAUCUGUCAGCCGGGGUUUGAUGCAGGGGCAGGAGGUUCUUUCAGUCACACAUGGUUGACAGAUUUUGCUUUGGGACGUGGUAAGUACAAUAAUGUUAAAUAAACACAAAAAAGAUGAGUAAAUACCUACAAGAAAUCAUUAUAUGUAUGGUGCUGGUUUGUAAUGUUUGCUAGUGAAUCCAGCCAUGCAAGUAGUUUUAAGAAUUCCUGGAUCUGCGCGUCCCAAAAACCGCAACCAACGAAGAAGUGCACUACUAGAAUACAUGCACUGGGAUCUGAGGAUGCCACCUCUUAAAAAAUACAAAAACAAAAAAACAUGUACUGCAAAUAAAAGAAAUACACUUUGA